AGAGAGAGCAGAAACACAUUCACUGUUGACAUUUCGUGCAUGGCCCACGUUGGAUCUAAGCUUGCAGAGCACAUAAUAAAAAAAAGAAGCAAGACAAUAGGAAAGGUGCAGAGCUCGACAAGAGGAUUUCAGACUUCCGAAAUUCCCAGAGAUAUUUUCAUAGAUGAUCUUCGUCUGCAAGAAGAUAUGAAGACUACAAAAAUCCAAAGAAGCAGAAGUUCCUGUAACCAUGGAGAUCGCCAUUGCUCUUCUCUCCUCAUCUGCUUCUUUCCCUUCCUCGUCCUCUUCUUCUUCUUCUUCUUCUUCCCUUCUGUUUCAGCAGAGACGAUUCAAGCUCCUUACCUGGAUCCAAACCUAUCGAUCGAAGAACGAGUUUCAGAUCUCCUCUCUCGCAUGACAACUCAAGAAAAGAUCGGCCAAAUGGCCCAAAUCGAUCACACCGUUGCAUCUUCUGAAGUUCUUAUAAAUCAUUCCAUCGGGAGUGUAUUGAACAGCGGAGUAACUGCUCCAAGCCCAGACAUGACCCCUGCGAUGUGGGCGGACAUGAUCGAUGGGUACCAGAAGGCUGCCCUGUCAACCAGACUUGGGAUUCCCAUCCUUUAUGGCGUCGACGCCGUCCAUGGCCACAAUAACUUAUUCGGCUCCACCGUAUUUCCUCACAACAUCGGCCUUGGAGCUGCAAGAGAUGAAGGUUUAAUGGUGAGGAUCGGAAGAGCCACUGCCUUGGAGGUUCUGGCCACCGGAAUUCCGUACACUUUCGCUCCUAGUGUUGCUGUGUGUAGGGAUCCACGGUGGGGCCGGUGCUACGAGAGCUAUAGUGAGGAUACUCAGAUCGUGAGAAGCAUGGCCAAGAUCAUACUGGGCCUACAGGGCCUCCCUUCUCCCAAUCACACACUUGGUUACCCCUUUGUCGCCUUUGGGGGAAGAAACGUGUUGGCUUGCGCGAAGCACUACGCUGGAGACGGUGGGACACAAGGCGGGGUCGACGAGUACAACACGGUGACUACCUACGACGACCUUUACCGCAUCCACAUGACGCCUUAUAUUGACGCAAUCACCAUGGGGGUAUCAACAGUCAUGGCCUCUUAUUCUAGCUGGAACGGCGUCAAGAUGCACGCCAACCCUUUCCUCCUCACUCGCAUCCUCAAACAAGAGAUGUCCUUUCAGGGUAUGGUCAUAUCAGACUGGGAAGCAAUUGAUCGGAUCACUAACCCACCAGGUUCACACUACAAGGAGAACCUAAAGGCAGCUAUCAAUGCCGGGAUCGACAUGGUCAUGAUCCCUUUCAAAUAUCCACAAUUCCUCACAAAUAUGACGGAGCUCGUGUUAUCCGGCGAGAUUCCGAUCAGUAGGAUCGACGAUGCCGUGAGAAGAAGCCUACGGGUGAAGUUCGCUGCUGGGCUGUUCGAGAGGCCCAUGGCUGAUCGAUCCCUUCUUCCCAUUGUUGGACACAAGAGGCAUAGGAAAUUGGCAAGAGAAGCCGUAAGGAAGAGCCUGGUGUUGUUAAAGAACGGGAAGGGAAAUGAUAAGAUGCUUCCAUUGGACAAGAAUGCCCCUAAGAUUAUGGUGGCCGGGUCCCAUGCACGGGACAUGGGCAACCAAUGCGGAGGCUGGACUAUAACAUGGCAGGGUACCUCGGGCAACAUCACCAAAGGAACAACAAUCCUUGAAGGCAUAAAGAAGGCAGUCAGCAAGCGGACUCGGGUCGUAUUCCAUGAGAAACCCGACAAGCAUUUUGUUGAUGAGAACCGGGAUUCCUCCUAUGCGAUCGUGGUUGUUGGUGAGGCUCCCUAUGCGGAAACAUCGGGCGAUGGCAAUGAUCUCCGGCUAGCAUUCGAUGGUGAGGAGACGAUCAAGACCGUGUGCAGCAAGGUGAAAUGUCUGGUCAUCAUCUUGUCGGGUCGACCCGUUGUGAUAGAGCCGUAUGUGGACAUGAUGGAGGCAUUGGUGGCUGCUUGGCUGCCGGGUAGCGAGGCAGGAAAAGGGAUUGCUGAUGUUGUAUUCGGAGAUUAUGAUUUCCAGGGUAGGCUUCCAAGGACAUGGUUCCGCCGGGUUGACCAGCUACCCAUGAAUUUUGGGGACCAACAUUAUGAUCCAUUGUACCCAUUCGGAUAUGGGCUCCAAAUGGGUAUCCAGUCGGUUAAAAGGGGCAACUCUGUUUCAUCUUCCGUGGCAUCUUCUUUUCCUUCUAUUUGAUAUGUUAGGUUUAUAUAAAUCGAUGGACAAUAAUCCCGACUUUGAUUGAGUUGGGCCGAGUCUAACCGAUUCCCAGCCAGUCAUUAAACCUCCGGUGAAUUACAGUAAAAAGUGUAUACGAGGGGUUUGUAUGCGAGGAUGAAAAGGUACGUGUGUUGUAUUACAAAUGACAUAAAUUUCAAAGAGCUGAGAGGAGGCCCAAAGAAUCAUGUAACAUAGAAAUGAGAAAUAGGGCACAGUGUGGAAGCACUUUGUGACAA